AUGCAAAAUCAUACAUCAGUGACACUGUUUAUCCUAGUAGGAUUGACAGAGGACCCACAAAUGAAAAUUGUGCUAUUUAUCUUCCUCCUCCUAACCUAUUUGCUAAGUAUCUCUGGCAAUCUGAUUAUCAUCACUCUCACCUUGCUGGACUCUCAUCUCAAGACACCUAUGUAUUUCUUUCUUCGAAACUUUUCCUUGCUAGAAAUAUCUUACACGACAGCCUGUAUCCCCAAAUUGCUUGUUACCAUGGCAACUGGAGACAAAACCAUUUCAUAUAACUGCUGUGCAGCUCAGUUAUUUUUUGCCUUCCUUCUUGGUGCAGCUGAAUUUUAUCUCCUGGCCGUCAUGUCCUAUGAUCGUUAUGUUGCUAUCUGUAAGCCUCUGCAUUACACAACCAUCAUGAACAGCAAUAUCUGUAUCCAGCUGGUUCUUGGCUCUUGGACAGCUAGUUUCCUCAUGAUUUUUCCAGGACUCAUUUUGGGGUUAGACCUGGAUUUCUGUGACUCCAAUAUCAUUGAUCAUUUCUACUGUGACAUAGUUCCUAUUCUGCAAAUCUCCUGCACAGACACACAUUUGCUGGAAAUGAUGAGUUUCAUAUUGGCUUUGGUGACUCUCCUGGUCACUUUGGUAUUAGUGAUUUUAUCAUACACAUACAUUGCCCUGACAAUUAUAAAAAUCCCUUCUGCCAACCAGAGAAAAAAGGCUUUUUCCACUUGUUCUUCCCACAUGAUUGUCAUCUCCCUCUCAUAUGGCAGCUGCAUCUUCAUGUACAUUAAACCCUCAGCCAAGGAGAGAAUAUCUUUAAUGAAGGGAGUUUCAGUGGUCAAUACCUCUGUUGCUCCACUUCUGAACCCUUUCAUUUACACUUUAAGGAACCAGCAGGUAAAACAUUCAUUUAAGAACUUGCUACAAAGGAUUCUGUCUUUAUCUAAGAAGUAG